AUGUUCAUUCGUUCAUUAAAUCAUUUCAUUAAAAAAUCUAGUAAUGCUUGUCUUUCAACAGAAAUUCGACGAGCAUUAUCGAACGGAUCAUUUGUUCGACAGUUAUUCGAACAAGAAACAUCCACUUAUACUUAUCUAGUAGCUGAUGGAAAAACUAAAGAAGCGUUGAUUAUUGAUCCAGUUAUAACAACAGUAGCACGUGAUAUGCAACUUAUUAAACAACUCGGUUUACGUUUACGAUAUGCAAUUAAUACACAUGUUCAUGCUGAUCACAUUACUGGAAGUGGUCGUCUCAAAACAUUAUUACCCGGAUGUCGAAGUGUAAUAAGCAAGGAUAGUGGUGGAAAAGCCGAUAUAUAUAUCAAAGAUGGUGAUGAAAUUGAAAUUGGUGAUAAAAAUAACAAAAAUCAACGUUUAAUACUUGAAUGUCGAUCAACACCAGGACAUACAAAUGGUUGUAUGACGUUUGUUUGGCACAAAGGUUCAAAUGUGUUUACUGGUGAUUGUCUUUUAAUCCGAGGUUGUGGACGUACUGAUUUUCAACAAGGAAGUGCUGAUAACAUAUAUACAUCUAUUCAUGAGCGUAUAUUUACAUUACCGGAUCAUUUUAUUGUUUAUCCUGGACAUGAUUAUACAGGUCAAACAAGUUCAACAGUUGGAGAAGAAAAAAAAUAUAACACUCGUUUAACAAAGUCACGUGAAGAAUUUGUUGCUGUUAUGAAAGAACUUAAACUUAGUUAUCCAAAACAAAUUGACAAGGCUGUUCCGGCUAAUUUGAUAUGUGGUUUAUUACCAGAACCGUAA